AUGGCGGCGGCGGCCGACGAGGCGUGGUGCCGGGAGACCGUCCCCCGGGUGAUGAAGCUGGUGAGCCCGCGCCUCCCCCAGCGCGACGCCUGCGCCCUGCUCUCCGUCAGCCCCUGGUGCCACCGCGCCCUCGCCGCCAACCCCAAGCUCUGGGAGGUACUCGACCUGCACGAGACGAAGAAAGCUGGCGAGCGGCUCAUUUCCGCGCUUUCACUGGCAAGGUACCGUCAUCUCAAAGUCGUGAACCUUGAAUUCGCUCAAGAUAUCGAGGACCGGCAUUUUCUCCAUCUGAAAGAAACGGGUGCUAUCUUACUAGAAGAGUUGGAGCUCCUGAACCUAAAUGCAUGUCAGAAGAUCUCAGAUAAAGGGAUUGGAGCUGCUACCAGUCUUUGUCCUAAUCUUCAGGCCCUGUCGAUCUAUUGGAUUGUUGGAUUGACAGACGCAAGCAUUUUACAUAUUGUGAAGAACUGCAAGCAGAUAAUCGACUUGAAUCUGAGUGGCUGUAAGAAUAUCUCAGAUAGAGGAAUACAGCUAGUUGCCGAUAAUUAUCAAGGACUACAGAAGUUGGACAUAACCAGGUGCAUUAAGUUGACUGAUGAUGCAUUGCAAAAAGUUCUUGAGAAAUGCUCUGCUCUUGAAAGCUUGAACAUGUAUGCCCUUUCAAGUUUUACUGACAAGGCUUAUACAAAAAUUGGAUAUUUAGCCAACCUCACAUUUCUAGACUUAUGUGGGGCCCAGGGUUCCCAGAACCUAACUGACGACGGUCUUAGCAGUAUAUCAAGAUGCGGAAGUUUGACAUAUCUCAAUUUAUCUUGGUGCGUACGUGUUACUGAUGUUGGGGUGGUAGCUAUCGCACAAGGUUGUCGGUCCCUUGAACUACUAAGUUUAUUUGGAAUACUUGGAGUAACUGAUGCCUGCCUCGAGGCUUUGUCAAAAUCCUGUUCAAAUAGCCUCACGACUCUGGAUGUAAAUGGCUGUACCGGUAUUAAGCGUACAAAUAAGAGAAACCUUAUCUGGCUCUCAUAUGCCUUGUGCUGUCUGAAUGACAUUAGGCGAUAG